AUGUCAGCGUGCCAGCCUUCUCAAUCCGCUGCGGCACUGGCCACGAUUGGCGGCAGUUACCGUCAAAUCCUUCCAAGAUAUUCCUUACCCACCUUCUACCUGGCCGACGGCGGCCUGUUCCUGCACGCGGCCUCGGCCACGCCGCAGCAGGCGUGGGCCGUGUGCGACUGGAUGGGCCAGGGCCAGGUCGGCUACACGACGGGCGCCCAGCCUAUGCCGCGCAACGGCGAGCGCGCCACCUUCAAGCUCGACGAGUUCAACAACCUGAGCUUCCACAACGUCACCUUCUGCGCCUGCCCUGGCGAGGCCGACGGUGCCUAGAGCGUCUGGGUCUGGGACGGCGUCGACGUCUUAAUUACAAACCCCCAAGCUGUCAAAUUACGUUUGAACACGAUAUUGGUAUGCCAACGCCCUAAACUCGGUGGCCGUGCAGCACCUUUUUGAAGACCUCGUAGUUCCCCUCCCCCCUGGGGUCGUAGACAGCGAAGCACACGUCGCGCCACCAGUUGCCCGUCAGGCGGAACUCGUCCUCACGCAGCACCUCGAGCCAGCACUGAGCCACGUCCUCGGGCGGGUUCGCGUACACGCCGCACCCAAAGGCCCCCAGCACGAUCGACCGCUUCCUGUGGAAGGCCGCCAUGCGCAGCGCGAGCCUCAUCUUGUCCAUGGUGUAGUGCCGGUCGCGGCCCAGCGCGAAUAUCGACUUCUCCCGCGGUGCUACCCCUCCCGUCGUCCGAGACUCGGCUCUCCCGUCUGAUGCCUCGCCGCCUCCGCCGCAGCCGCCGCUACCACUGUUGCCCCAAGAAUGUCCGCCCCGGCUCCCCCCGCCUACCCAGCCCCGCUGGGGCGGCGGGGUGGGUGACUGACGGCCCGCGGGGCUGGACUGGAUAUCCUGCUGUUGUGCGGGCCGACGGCUGCUCUGCUCGGCCUGCGCGCGGCUACCGCAGCUCGACGACGAGCCGUGGGCGACGGGCACGGUCGAGAUCUCGGGCUUGAAGAUGGCGCAGACGGUCAUGGCGCUGACGACGGGCAGGUACUCGGGGGGGCCGGGUAUCAGCCGGUGGUCGCUGCGGUCCAUGUCCUGGCGCACGACCAGCACGUAGGGGCUGAAGACGCCCUCGUUGCGGCCGAGCGGGUACUGGGCGUUCUCGAGGCUCAGCGCGAGAGAGCUGCGGUAGCAAACGGCCUCCUCCUGCGCCAGCGCGCCGUUGCGCCACCCGCCGCCGGGGCAGUGCCGGUUGCCGAAUAUCAUGACCGCCACCUCCGGGUCUGGUGCGGCAGGGAGGGCGCCCGAUGUGGGGGCGGGUGCGGACGCGGCUGCGGCUGCG